AAGGCUGGGAGCAGCGCUAUUGGCCGAGGCGACGGCCCGCGGUUCGUGUCGCGGGGGGGGGGGCGGCAGCAGCAAGAUGGCGGCGCUGAGGUUGUGGCUCCGCGGGGGGAAGAGCGCCUUGAGCCUGCGGACGCGGAGGCAACUGCACAGGACGGCGGCGGCGGCCGCUCAGCUGACCAUUCGAGAUGCCCUGACCCAGGCGAUGGAUGAGGAGAUUGAGCGAGAUGAAACGGUGUUCCUGCUGGGAGAAGAGGUAGCACAGUACGAUGGUGCUUACAAGGUGAGCCGCGGACUGUGGAAGAAAUGGGGAGAUAAGAGAAUCAUCGACACUCCGAUCACAGAGAUAGGCUUUACAGGGAUUGCAGUUGGUGCCGCUAUGGCUGGCUUGAGGCCCAUCUGUGAAUUCAUGACCUUCAACUUCUCGAUGCAAGCGAUCGACCAUGUUAUCAAUUCUGCCGCCAAGACCUACUACAUGUCUGGGGGUGCUGUCCCUGUCCCCAUCGUCUUCAGAGGCCCCAACGGUUCCUCAGCCGGAGUGGGGGCUCAGCACUCGCAGUGCUUUGCAGCCUGGUACAGCCACUGCCCCGGGCUGAAGGUGCUCAGUCCUUGGAAUGCUGAAGAUGCCAAAGGCUUGAUGAAAUCUGCCAUUCGAGAUGAUAAUCCCGUUGUGUUCCUGGAAAAUGAAUUGAUGUACGGUGUGCCCUUUGAAGUUUCUCAGGAGGUCCAGUCCAAAGACUUCCUCGUCCCAAUAGGGAAAGCCAAAGUGGAGAAAGCAGGAACCAAUAUCACCUUGGUUGCACACUCCAAAAGUGUGGGCAACUGCAUGGAUGCAGCAGCAGCUCUGGCAAAGGAAGGCAUCGAUUGUGAGGUGAUAAACAUGCGCACCAUCAGACCCAUGGACAUGGAGACUAUCGAAGCCAGCGUGAUGAAGACCAAUCGCUUGGUAACGGUUGAGGGUGGCUGGCCACAGUUCGGAGUGGGUGCUGAAAUCUGUGCCAGAAUCAUGGAAGGCCCAGCGUUCAAUUACCUGGAUGCUCCAGUGGUGAGGGUGACGGGUGCAGACCUUCCUAUGCCCUACGCAAAGAUCUUGGAAGAUAACAGCAUACCUCAGGUUAAAGAUAUCAUUUUUACAGUCAAGAAAAUACUCCAUGUGUAGUGUUAUCUUGCUUUUUACCAGUCUGCCAUCACUAUUUAAAUAACUUCACUGGCAUCUAAUGUAACUUUAGUGUUUAUGUCAUCCUGCAGUUAGAGGUAGAAUGUACAGAAUAUUUGGUGCCAGCAAGACUGUUGGCAAAUAAUGCAUCGGUAAAACGAUACAACAUCAAUAGAGUGGUGGAUCAUUUCCCAGUUGGUGCAUAUUUCAAAUGCUGGCAAGGGGCGAAGCCUGUUUAAUCUGAAGCGUACCAUCUCACUAACGGGCAAAUGUUAAAAUCAGCCCUCAAAAAUAGGAUUAUAAUAUCGUUCAAAUUAUGAAGAAGGAAGAAUUGUAAUGUUGUUAUUAUACUUUUGCUUCUGUUACUUUUAUCACUCACUAGACCAAGUAGGACCCGUUGGGUCCCGUCCCCUCAACGCGUGUAUGACGUCACACACACUAACCACCCCUAACACACACCAUCCCCCCCUUGAUAUUAUAUUAAUAUUAUUCAUUCGCUCCGUUUACCCCAUCUCCCGCUCUAUCCACUCACACAUAGCCCCCAACUCACAGGCGCGUACACUCAUAUCUCCGGUACUGUUUAUCGUUUUUAACAAGUCAAUCUCAAAUUGUAAGCAUUAUUUUACAUCUACCCGUCAGUAAAGGGAUUGACAUAAGCCCUUAGGUUCAUAUGUAACAAUGAAUCAAUGAAAACAAAUCAAUGGCUUCAUCUAACUUUUAACGCUUUGAUAGAUUAUGAUAUUCAAUUUGCAUUAUCAACUCAUUUUUAAAAAUUGUGUUGUGUCUUUGGUCAAUUGGUUUGUGAAACUGUUACAGUAUGUUCCUUUGGACUAUUUAUGAAUGUUUUGAAAGACACUCCGUGGUUUAAAAAAAUAACCUAUUGCGAAAUAGCUGUGCUGUUUGAGUUACACAAUUAUCAGUUACAAUUAUACCAUUGUGGGUUUUUUUUUUGUAAUGUAUAUAACUGCAUUGAAAUUAAUUGAAUGAAAUUAAAAGUUCUGAAAACAAAAA